AUGAAAAGAAUACAAAAUAUACCGGCCAGAACGAAAAGGGAUAUCCGACUCAAACAAAAAGACAUAAAUGCGAGCAUGGAGUGUGAAAGACCUACCCACAGUUCAGAUACCCUCUCCUUAGGCUUGAGUUUGAACCCAAACCAGAUGGUUGAAGAAUUAAUGCUAUCAUCAAAAGAGCCUCAACACCCAUCCCAAGAGACUUUGUGCAAUAUGAAGCUGGAAAAAGAAUCUCCAGACCUGGCGUCAUCCCCACAAACUUUUAUCCUUCUGAAGACAAUGGAAAUUCAAGAUGCUGAAAAGCAGCAGCAGCAAUCGCAAGCGCAACAGGCUCAGCCACAAUUCACAUGGGAAGCAUGUAACACUACUUUUGCAUACCCAGCCAUUCUUCAGGAGGCUGUUACGACAGCCACAACAACCACCUCAACUUCCGUGCCAACAACAAUGACUACUAUCGCUGUUUCGGCUGCCACUGUUGUGGCCGCUGCUGCAGCAGCUGCCAAUCAAGGGGUUGUGGUCACCACUGAUGGUACAAACACUGGGGAAAGUGUGGUUGAUCCCCAACAACAGCAGCAGCCUCCACCCCAGCCACAACCCCAGCAACAGCAACAACACCACCGUCCUUUUGAAUGUGAGUUUUGUAAAAAGACUUUCUCGAAGAAUUCUAAUCUUACAUCCCACCGGCGUUUACAUACAGGUGAGCGCCCAUUCGCCUGUGAGUUCUGUAAGAAGACAUUUGCAAAAUCUUGGAACCUGACAUCUCAUCGGCGUAUUCACACGGGUGAAAGGCCUUACCAUUGUGAAACAUGCCACAAAGCUUUUGCAAAGUCUUGGAAUCUCACCAACCACAGACGGACACACACAGGUGAAAAACCUUAUGGAUGUAAAUAUUGUGAAAAAUCCUUCUCGCACUCGUCCAACUUGACAUCACACAUAAAAUCUCACACUGGAGACAAACCAUUCAACUGCCAACUGUGUAAGAAGAAGUUCACAUUUGCCUCUCAAUUGACACAGCACUUGCGUAGCCACAGUGGAACACGACCAUACACUUGUGAAACCUGUCAUAAGUCAUUUGCUGACCAAGGCGUGUUGGCAAAGCAUCGUAAGAAACAUGCAAACACCACAGCAGUCUCGGUUGUUGCUAAUGUAGUCACCCCAACUUCAGUGGCUCUUGCUGGUGACGCCCUUACCACAACUACAGAUACCACCCAGCUUCAGCUUUUGUGCAUCUGUGAAUUUUGCAAGAAGACAUUUACAGACGCUACUUCAUUGCUUACGCACAAGGCUGAAAAACACCAGCACUUAGAAAAACCCUAUGAGUGCCAGUAUUGUACAGAAACAUUUAUUAACGAAAAUUCACUCAACUGGCACAUCCGAACUCACACGGGUGAGGUGACAACCACCCCGACUUUGGUAGCUGUCACUGACAGCAAUAAAGUGGCCGUGGCUGUGGCAGCAGCUGCUGCUUCAAACAGCGGUGCUGUGGCAGCCUUCAGUUGCGAAUAUUGCCACAAAACGUUUACACGAUCAGAUAGCCUGACUGUCCAUAUUCGCACACAUAGUACAGGUACUGGAGCAGAGAUUCCAACUAUCAGCUGUGAUGUGUGCAAUAAGACAUUCUUGAGCCAAAACCAAACUGCAGCUGUAUCGGGCACAACCACAGCCACGAUUCUUAAUUGCCAGGCUCCAACUGUGGCGGAUGUAAAACCAAUCAUUGAAGUUGUGGAGCACGUGGACAAGUCUGUGUCCCCGUACUCUACGGUGACGCCCCUGGAACAUAAGGUGGAGAUUGUUGAGCAGGCAGGCGGCUAUGAGGAACAAGAACAACAUGAGACGAUCACAGUGGACCAGAACUUGGCUGUGGCUUACACAGCAGCCAUUGAACAACAGCAGCAGCAGCAAGUGACUCAAGUCGUGACCUUUGAUAGCAGUAAUGCCAUUUUAACCCAUGCCAACUUGCAGGUCCAUUAUCCCCAGGGUCAGGCUGCUCCACAAACAUCCUCAGAACAAACUGUCAUAGCUCAGGAAGACAUUUGUUUCAAAGCUUGA